GCGGCCACACCCUGAGCCGAGCUGGGUUCCUGUGAGCCAGAAGCCUCGCCCCCCGACGACGUUCCAAAGGCUCUGCGGCUGCCGCCCCACCCAGUCAGGCCUCACCACCCGGAUCACUCCUGGCCAGGGCCAGCCUGCGGUGACUUUUUCGGGACCAUGCUGCUGCGCUGGCUGCGGGCUUUCGUGCUGCCGACCGCCGCCUGCCAGGACGCGGAGCCGCCCACGCGCUACGAGACGCUCUUCCGGGCGCUGGACCGCAAUGGAGACGGCGUGGUGGACAUCCGAGAGCUGCAGCAGGGGCUGCAGAACCUGGGCAUCCCACUGGGCCAGGACGCGGAGGAGAAAAUUUUCACUACUGGUGAUAUCAACAAAGAUGGGAAGCUGGACUUUGAAGAGUUUAUGAAAUACCUGAAAGACCAUGAGAAGAAAAUGAAGUUAGCAUUUAGAAGUUUGGACAAGAAUAAUGAUGGGAAAAUCGAGUCAUCAGAAAUUGUCCAGUCUCUCCAGAUGCUGGGUUUGCAUAUUUCUGAACAGCAAGCAGAGUUGAUUCUUCAGAGCAUCGAUUCUGAUGGAACAAUGACAGUGGACUGGGAUGAAUGGAGGGAUUACUUCUUAUUUAACCCUGCCUCAGACAUCGAGGAAAUUAUCCGUUUCUGGAAACACUCUACUGGCAUUGACAUAGGGGAUAGCUUAACUAUUCCAGAUGAAUUCACAGAAGAUGAGAAAAAAUCAGGACAAUGGUGGCGGCAGCUGCUGGCAGGAGGCGUGGCUGGUGCAGUCUCUAGAACCAGCACGGCACCUUUGGAUCGCCUCAAGGUCAUGAUGCAGGUUCAUGGUUCCAAAUCAAUGAAUAUAUUUGGAGGCUUUCGGCAGAUGGUAAAGGAAGGAGGAAUCCGUUCCCUGUGGAGAGGAAAUGGCACAAAUGUCAUUAAAAUCGCUCCCGAGACAGCUGUUAAGUUCUGGGCUUAUGAACAGUACAAGAAAUUGCUUACAGAGGAAGGACAAAAAUUAGGAACCUUUGAGAGGUUCAUUUCUGGUUCCAUGGCUGGAGCAACUGCACAGACUUUUAUCUAUCCUAUGGAGGUUCUGAAAACCCGGCUAGCUGUAGCCAAAACUGGACAAUAUUCUGGAAUAUAUGGUUGUGCCAAGAAGAUUUUGAAGCAGGAAGGCUUUGGGGCUUUUUACAAAGGCUAUGUUCCUAACUUACUAGGCAUCAUUCCUUAUGCAGGCAUCGAUCUUGCCGUGUACGAGCUUUUGAAGACUUAUUGGCUAGAUAACUUUGCAAAGGACUCUGUCAACCCUGGUGUGGUGGUGCUGCUGGGUUGUGGUGCUCUGUCCAGCACCUGUGGGCAGCUGGCCAGUUACCCCCUGGCUUUGGUGAGGACUCGCAUGCAGGCACAAGCCAUGGUGGAAGGGGCCCCCCAGCUGAGCAUGGUUGGCCUUUUUCAGCGAAUAGUCUCCAAAGAAGGAGUGUCAGGUCUCUAUAGAGGCAUCACCCCAAACUUCAUGAAGGUGCUACCCGCUGUUGGCAUCAGCUAUGUGGUGUAUGAAAACAUGAAGCAGACGCUAGGGGUAGCUCAGAAGUGACACAUCUGAGCCUUCUUUUCCAUGAUGACCGAAGCUGCCAGCGCUCUCCAGUGACUUUUGGGACUGCAGCAAGUCUAUUGCAAAGGGAAGCUGUUCUCCCCCAACGAAAGGGAAGAGAGAGACUCUCAAUUACUUCAAGCAUUUGGGCUCAGUUUUAUAUCUUCAGUAAUGUUCCAAAUCAUAGUUUCAAUAAGAGUUGAAGAAGCCACAAAACUGUAUUUUAUAUUUGCUGAUAAAGAUCCAUCGUGCCUUGCACCCUAAAUCUGAAAAUGUACUUGUUUAGGCUGAGAUCAUUUUGUGUGGUAGACUUAUAAAUCACUACUCUUUCUUCUGAUUGGUUCAGGUUUAGAUUAAUAUUUUGUUUAUACUCAAUUAAAAACAAACCAACAAAAACCCAAAGUGAUCAGAAAGCCUUGGAACUUAAUUUGUUCUAUAUAUUUUGGAUGUCUUUAUAAAUGUAAAAUUCUCCUAGAGGAACAUUAGUAGAAAAAAAAUCACUGUAUUUAAAAUCAGUCUUUCACAGUUUAAUAUCGUCAUCUAUAAGCGGACUAAGAAUGAAUUAUAAUAGCCAAAUUUGAGUAUAGGGGAGCUAUGAGGUACUGUUUACUCCAAUGGACAAUCUUCUGUUUCACUUGCACUUUUGUUUGGUCCCCAGUUUUAGAGACUGAUUUCCAUAUGUUGUUAAAUUAUUGAUAUGAGCUAUUUGGCAAAUCCUAUUUAUUCUGCUGUUGCUUUUAAAAACAUCAGUGAACAAAACUUUUGCUUGUACUGUUUCCCAGAGAGUGUCUUGCUUUUUUUUUUUUUUUUUUAAUCUUUGAAUUAAAUUCUUUUAAUCAGGAAGGCUCCCUGGGACCUUCUUCGAGAUCGGAGACUGCUCUUUUCAUGACUUGAGUAUUAAUUUCAGGUAAAUGACACCCUCAUGGUUGAAGUCCUUUGAAGCUAUGCUUUUCACAUGCACCAAGCUAAGGCACCAGUACCUUUCAUCAAUGGUACAUGCUCACCUUCUGUAUUUGAACGAAAGUCUCAAUCUGUGAACAUAUACAUCCAUUCACACAUUCACUUGCCUCAAGAUUUAGGAAGAUGGGAGGAAACUUGUAAUAUCAACAGCACUUAACAUUUUUUACUCAAGCAGAUUUUGUAGUCAAUUAUAUUUUAUUGGAACUUAGAAAAACCUUAUUUCUUCUAUAAGAAGAUAUUCGAUAGUCUUAGCUGGGCAAUGGUGGCACAUGCCUUCAGUACCAGCACUUGUGAGGAAGAGGCAGGUGGUUCUCUGAAUUCAAGACCAGCCUGGUCUACCGAGUGAGAUCCAGGACAGCCAGGGCUAUAUAGUGAGACCUUGUCUCAAAAAACCACAUAUAUAUUCUUGACAUUUUAAGAUUUAGCUUAUAUACUCAUUUGGUUUCUGGUAAUUUCUGUUAUAAGUACUUUCUUAAAAUCUAGUGAAAUAGGAACCAUUGACUUUUAGCCUACCUCUUUUAUUUUUUGAACCAAAGAGAAAAGAUGGAAAGUUUAUGUUUAUGAAACGUAUUCUAAAAUAUAGUUUGGUUUGUAUUACUAAUACCUGCUCUUGUCUCAGUAUUUUUAUACUAUAUAUGGAAAGGAAGGGACUCUCCUUUGCCUUCAGGGUUAUUGUACUUUUGAGUAAUACAUAGAACAUAGAAUGACAAUAUUAAGGUACAGGAUCCAUUCCUUUUUUACUCAUAACAAUUAUGGAAAUGAAUAAUUCUGUUAAUGUUUUUGGAAUUUCAAGCUAUGAAAAUAUUCAUAGUUAAUUAUGAAAUUAAAGUGCCCUCCCCACAUUGAACAUGUGUAAAGUAUGACUGAUUUAUGUGUGUACCUUGUAUCUUUGGGGAGAAAAAAGUCUCUCAUUGAAGGCAGCUUAUUUCUGACAAUGCUACACAGUUACUGCUCAUGUGUAUUAAAGACAUAUGUAUGUUUUUAAAAUGA